AUGUCACCAGAACCAACGAGCGUUGCCGCUCUUUCACGUACAAGUGAUCUUUUCGCAAGUCAUAGUCUUUUAUUCCCCAAAGAAUAUGGUUAUACUAAAUCAAUGCAAUCAACAACAGAUAAGAGAACAAGAACAAGUUCGCCUUUUUUAACUUUAUCAUCCAACAAUAAUAAUCACUCAUCAACUACGUCAGAAGCACAAGAUCAGGAUGUUCGUCGCAUUCAGCGUGCGGAGAUACAUGUAGAACGUAGUUCGCUUGAUAAAGAACGAGGGUCAUUGGAUUUAUUGGUUACUGCGGCUUCUACCUUGAACAUCGCGGAUUCGGAAAAUUCAAACACAGUGACGACAAGCAAAACAAGUCCUGUGGCUUCGGUGGUUGACCUUAGGCUGGAGCGGAAGAGGUUGGAACACGAACGUCAGCGCCAUGAACAGCGCCAGUUGUUUGAAGAAAGGAUGAAAAUGCUUGAACUUCAGCAGCUCGAAGAGGAACGAGAUUUAUUAGAAAAUCACCAAUCACAUACUCUUAUCGUACCAGCCGCAAGCGCAAGUGCUCCGAAUACACCACCUUCUUUAGUAACGAAUGACACUCGGGCUCGAUCCAACACGGUGCCGAGAUUAAACAAUACAUCAGUGGGAAGUCUGAUUCCAAACGCCACUCAAUUCGAUUCUUCCCACGCCGCUGAAUCAUUGUCUGUUCAACAUAGAUCAAAUUCUUCGUCCAGAUCUGUACCAAAUUCUCGACGUAAUUCAAAUGAAUCCUCACAUGCCUCUAGAGAAGAAAAACUGAACAAGACGGGCAAAACUUUCGAGAAUUUCGAGAAAGAAUUACGUGCUUCUAUCGGUUCAAUGCCGCAACGUAGGGAUGUGAUGUCAACUAAUGCAUCAAACAGUGAUAACUCGAUCUUCCCACAGUUCAAUGGAAAUUUUUUGCUUGAUGAAGAAGGGACAACUCACCCCAUGUCUUCGUCGUACGUUUGUCGUUACCUGCAAAUGCAUACGGACGAUGACAAGUUUCCAAUUUUGGUUCGUCGUGAUAGUUACCCGGGUAUGUUGUCAGCAUCAUCUGCAGCACUUGACCUUGCACCUUUACCUCAGUCCACAUCGCGCCAUCGCGCUUUGGAUUCGAGUGAUAGAAAGAAAUUGGACAACCUGACCGUAGAUAAUAAUAACAUUUCAACGGCAAAGCAACGAGUUCCCAAAUUAUCAACUUCGUAUUCAACACCAGAUUUGGCUAGCGCGACUAGAUUAUUUGGACGUCGUUCAGCGAAUUUUAAUGCAAGCACCGCCAACGACGUACUUUUAGAAGACGAUGAUCAGGUUAACCAUCCCGCACAAUUACCAACCGUUACCUCUGGGGAUGUCAGCGGAAGCAACGUUUGUCGUUUCUAUCAACAAGGGUAUUGUCAACGUGGAGAUCGAUGUUCUUAUUCGCACACGUUUAAUGGGUUAGGACAGGUCAACUUGAAUCUUCCGGCUCAAAUUACGGGAGGAUUUCCUGGUGUUUCGCAGCCGAUGAAUAAUAAUAAUAACGCUUUCUACAAUCAGUAUGGAAUUUCUGGUAUCGGUGGGUUGAACAUUUUACCCACGACAGCUGGAUUAAAUUACAAUCAAAACUUGGCUCUUAAUGUAGCACUAAAUAGAAAUAUGAACUUAAUGCAAGCGAGUAACGUGGGCCUUUCCAAGAUGAGUCAGAAGAGGAUGAGCGGCGAUCUCGAAGUGAACAGAUUUGCUGGUGUUAUGUUGGAAGAUCUGGUGGGUGAGAUUUAUCCUCUUUGUAAAGAUCAGCAUGGCUGUAGAUAUCUCCAAAAGAAACUCGAAGAAAAAAAUGAACAAUACAUUGGGAUGAUCUUCAACGAGGUCUUCAGUCACUUCGUUGAAUUAAUGACAGAUCCUUUUGGAAACUAUCUUUGUCAAAAACUCCUCGAGUACUGUAAUGAUAAUCAACGUACGAUAAUUAUAGAGACUGUGGCGCCAGAAUUAGUGAACAUCUCGCUAAAUAUGCAUGGUACUCGUGCCGUCCAGAAAAUGAUUGAAUUCUUGUCAACACCUCAGCAGAUCCAUCCAAAUUAUGCGUUAAAAAAACAGAUCUGCCUCGUGAUCGUUGCUCUCAAUCCAAACGUCGUGACUCUGAUAAAAGACUUGAAUGGCAAUCACGUUAUUCAAAAAUGCCUGAAUCGUUUGAGUUCCGAGGAUAAUCAGUUCAUCUACAAUGCCGUGAGCAAGAAUUGUAUUGAAGUGGCUACGCACCGUCACGGGUGCUGUGUGUUGCAACGUUGCAUCGAUCACGCUUCUGAAGCUCAAAAAGUUCAGCUCGUUACGGAGAUCACGUAUCAUGCACUUACAUUGGUUCAGGAUCCAUUUGGAAAUUAUGUCGUACAAUACGUUUUGGACCUUGGAGACAGUCGAUUCACGGACGCUCUUAUUCGUAAAUUCAUUAGCAACGUGUGUGGUUUAUCGGUACAAAAGUUUAGUUCAAAUGUGAUGGAAAAGUGCAUAAGGGUCGCAGAACCAGACACGCGAAAGUUUUUGAUCGAUGAAAUGCUUAACAAGAACCGGCUAGACAAGCUGUUGCGCGAUUCCUAUGCUAAUUACGUGGUUCAGACAGCCUUGGACUAUGCUGAUCCGAUCCAACGUGCUUCACUGGUUGAUUGUAUUCGACCUCUUUUACCUGCCAUUCGCAACACUCCAUACGGCAAGCGUAUUCAAGGGAAACUACACCGCGAAGUCAUGCAAUUGAACUCGCUCAACAUGCUAAGAAUACCAUUACAUGGUUUAGGCAAUCUUGGCAAUUUUACUGGCAAUUUUGGUGGCAGCAUGGGCGGUGGUUUAAUUGGUAUGAACGACUACCAAACACCAAGCUAUCAUUACAUCUAA